UUUUGAGAGGGUUUAACACACAAGCUUCGUUUACAAAUCUACGAGUCGGCGGCUGCAGAACAACGAACUUUCUUCAUCAACGAUUCGAUCUCGCGGCUUAGAGUGAAGGGCGAUCAUGUCAUCUCCGGAUCAGAAGACAGAGAAUUCCGAUUCCCAAUCUCCGUCAGAGGAGCUGGGAGAUUCGUCAACUGUUCCGCAAGAUCCGGUUGAAUCCGGAUCUCCGAAUGAAGAAGAAGAAUCGGAUCCUCCAAAGGAAGGAGGAGACGCUGAGGAGGAGGAGGAAGGAGAGUGCGGGUUCUGCUUGUUCAUGAAAGGAGGCGGAUGCAAAGAGUCGUUCACGGCUUGGGAAGUGUGCGUGGAGGAAGCUGAGAAGAACAAGGAAGACAUCGUCACCAAGUGUAUGGAAGUCACUAGUACCUUGAAGAAAUGUAUGGAUGAACAUUCGGAUUACUACCAGCCGAUUCUGGCUGCGGAGAGAGCUGCUGAAGAACAGGUGAAGAAGGAGCUCGAAGGGGAGAAGGAGAAGGAUAUCUCUGAAGAGGAAGCGGCGGCGAUGAAGCAAGCUCGGGGUUAAACUUGAGAGGAGGUUUAGGUAAAUUUUACCAGAGGACAUUUCUCGUUGUUGUUUAGAUUCAAAAAAACUUUAAAAAGACCACCAUUGAUGGUGGAGUUUCUUUACCUAAUUAUAAUCUGUUACUUUGUGUGCGAAUAAGUCUCGAUUGAUUUGAGAUCAAUUUAAUUUCUGUGAACCUUUCUAUCUGAUUGAAUACUCUCUUGUUUUUA